UUUGACGUCAUACAACCAAGCCGACGCCAGUUAGCUGUUAGCACAGGAGGCUAAUCAAACAUCUGCUGCUGUGACGGUGACGGAGGAACAAUCAGGCGGUGCAGUGUGUCGGUGCGGUGUGUCGGUGCAGGCUGCAGUGAACCUCUCGUCAGACUGUUGGAGGAGGUGCUCGGUGAACAUGUGGAGCUCCGGCCGUGUCCUUCAGGAGCUGCUCCGGCAGCCUGUGAGGAGCUUCAGCCUGACUCGUGCUCAGAACACAGUUGUGGUGGAGCGCUGGUGGCAGGUGCCCUUAUCCAAAGUAGGCAGUCCACCAAGGCUUCACCCUCGAAGACACAAAAUCUACAAGUUGGUCGAAGACACCAAAAAUGCUCCCAAAGAGAAGAUGGAGCUCAUCCUGACUCAGACUGUACCCAAGCUUGGAGGCCGAGGAGACACAGUGUUUGUGAAAAAGUCUGUUGGCAGAAACAAGCUGCUGCCGGAAGGCCUCGCAGUGUAUCCAUCACCGGAGAAUAAACAGAUCUUUGCUGAGGAGCUGAGACUUUUGCGUGAGGGGAAAGUAGAGGAAAGAGUCCAGACCCGCACGGGACAGCUGACAGUGGAGUUCCUUAAACGUUCCAAGUUGAGGAUAAACAAAAUGCCCUCGGAUGAAUUCCAGGUCACUAAAGAGGUCGUCCGCAGACAGCUUCUCAAGAAGUUGCAACUUGUUGUGCCACCUCAUGCAUUGAGUCUUCCGUUUGAGUCUGUCAAGGACCUUGGUGACUACUGGUGUGAAAUUACGGUCAAUGGAAUAGAGACGGUUCGUGUCCCUAUGUCAGUGGUGCCAUAUGAAGACCGGUCUGCAAGGCGUCGGGAGCAGGCGGAUGCAGAUAUUUCAGAACCAGCUGAUGCGGAGGAGGCUGCUGUGAAGGCAGUUUCUGAUGCUGCAGUGGAAGCUGAGGCUGGUAAAGACUGUGACACUUCAGCCUCAGCGGGAGCCUCUGCGGCAGAAAGUACACAGACGAACAAAGAGACAACAGCACCACCAAGUGACAGCCACAAAAAAGGUUAAAGGACUCCAGAUGAAGAUGUCCAAAGAACUGAAAUAUUGUUUACCCAUAGUACAAAUCAUACAAGAAAAAUAGCUGUCUGGGGGUUAUUAAAAUCAUUUAGUGAUGCUAAAAGAAUAAAUCCAGUAAUGUGUAUGAAUAUUACAACUGAAUAUGAAUCCAACUGUGGACACUGUAAACAACAGAGUAUUGUGGGACACAAAACAUUGCCUCCAAGGAACUUGUAAAGGUUUUAUAUUGAAGAAAAAUGCAGUAGUGUGUUGGGUAAUAAUAAAUAUUAAAGUCUAAAUUACAGUUGGAUAAGCUGAUCUUUUGUAACCGUACCUGGAAAAUUUGCACCAGAAAAUGCUGGUAAAAUAUGUAAUAAUUUACUAUUGAGCAGCAGGUGAAUUUGAAUAUUAACAUAUUGUGACUGGUAGAUGUUCAUAUUUUAAAGUUAAUUUUCCACCCUGUAACCAAGAAACUAACCAAUUGCAUUCAAUGGUUUGAAGCCAGCAAAGAAAAAUGUUUAUUAAUGAAACUUAACUGCACAACACACGUAACAAAAGUAUAGCGUGAACAAAAAAAAGAUUUUUCCAGCAGUGCAGCACUGAAUCUGGAAUGUCAGUGCCUGAUAGUUUUAUGCUUAAGAUGAAAUGUGCCCAGGAGACGCACGUAACUAAUGUGAAGGAAUAAUUUUAAAGAAAUGUCAUUUUCUACAAACUGUCCAAGGGAAGAUGGAGGGAUAUGGUAGAAAGAAAAGAACUCACACAGGGAAUAUUCAGCUCUAUAACUCAUAUUCCUGUCGGAGGAUACGUAUUGUGAUGUAUGUGCAAACAUGCCCUGACGCAAGCUCUGCAGGCGGUACGUACCAUAUGAAAGCAUGAAAUAUGGAAGCUGUCUGUGGACUGCUGGUAUCUUUCUGCCAAACAUCAUUUUAGUUCAGUUUUGAGGCAGAUCAGGUUGUGCGUGUGUUGGUACGCUACAGAGCUGUCACCACACAACGCCAUAGUUUUGAGUGAAGCUCUCAAAAAAAAAAAAGAAGCAAAAUCUCACAUGUAAUGAAAUAUAGACCUUUUAGAAGUGAGCUGGCUCACAAGUUUACACGUAUGCUCCACUUCCUGCUUAGAGAAAACAAAAGUUUUGGAGGGUGAAUUACCCAUUGCUUCGUUACAGGAGGAGGAGACCAUUAGAGCAUAAAUAAAUGUUAGUGCAUGAAGGGAAAGAUCGAUGCAAGAUCGAUUUUUACAGCUGCUAUAAAAGAAAUCAGAAAUCUGCAAUGUUCUCCAGAGCAGGAGGAGAUCUGCAGUAUUUUUUUCCCCUUAAACAAAAGUAUUUUAAAACAUUCUGGGUCACUAACAGUGGACCACAUAUUCCUGAUUCAUUUUGAUGGCAGAAUUUUCUUAAAACUGGAGCAGCAGGAAGAAGUAGUCCAAACCUCGUUAACCACCUACAAUAAAACAUCUAAUCCAUUCAUCCAUCCAUCAAUUCAAGACACUAAAAAGACCUGCCGCUGGGAUUUAGGAGAAAACUGACUAGAGGAUGCAUGCUGAAUGCAGCCAGGCAAAAGAGACAAGUUCCUGUUUCAUUUUCAAAUCAGAUGCUUCUUUUGUCUGAUGGCAGGUAAAAAAAAAAAAAAAAAAAAAGCUGAAACUGAAAUGCAUGUUUGGUUCUCUGGCAAAUAAUUUAAGUAACACUUCUUAAAAACAGACAAGAACAUAAAAUGAAAUAAAAAUAGCAACAUAGUCAUGGACAGAUCUUACACCCUUUAAUUUAAUGAGUUGCAUGAGGACCUGCAGCAUGUAUACCAGGAGCCAUCUUUAUUUUUUAUUACAAAGUCGUCGAUCCAAUGUAUAAAUAUGUCACGUGUCAGAGCUUUCUAAUGACUCCAGUUCAUUUCACUAACAUUUAUACAACUGCCAGAGAACCAAACCUGUUUUGUAGAGUCAUUUGUUGAUCA